UCGCCAUGUUGUACGGGCUCGGGCGUAUGGCACAAUUGUCAAACAGCCGCAAACGGUAGAAAGCAGCAAGAAGAACAACCCCGAAGAAGCGGAUAGAACUUUUUUUAAUCAUACGCCUACUUUUUCCACUGCUUGGUACGAGUUUCCUUUCGUUUGUGUUACCGAUUUGUGUUGCUGCUCGGUUCCCGGUUUUCGGUCGGUUCGUUCUGCGAGACAUCCUCCCUUUGUCUGUCCAAGCAGUAGCAUCCGCACAGGCCGUUUUUUUUUGGUGAAUUUACGCGAACUUACCAUUUGCAGCAAGCGCGUCCAUCGCCUUCCCUUCCGUUCUCGUUCCGCUAAGGGACGGCCGUCGUCCUGUUUUCGCUCGCUCUUCUACCUCGGGAUCGGCAGCGGGGCAGUGUUGUGUAGUUAACAAGACGGCUUUAGGAAACCGGAUUCUGUGCACCACAGAACGGCUUAACGGGAGUCAACAAAAAAAGUACAACACCGGAUGUGAUUAAUUUCGGUUUCGUUUUCGGAAGAAUGUUGCGCACAUAAAAGUGUUCGGGCUCGGGGCGUCCUCGGUUUAGCUACAGUGAAUGCAAAUAUAUUACCGCUACCCCAAGCGCGCGUGUGUGUGUGUCAGUGAUUUUCAAUCGAAUUAAUCCUCCAAGCGAACGCGAAUCAUCGGAUCAAGCAAUCCGCGAGUGUGAGAGAGCGAGAAAAACGACCCUCGGGGUGCAACCACCAUCAAACCGCCGCCAGCCGCCGCAAGUGGUUUAUGGCUGUGUGCAUCCGCGCUGCACACUAGACCGUGCGCCUGUGCGUGUGUGUGUGUGUGUGUAUCGUUGCAUACAAACCCGCGCACUUGGCUACCUGUUCGAUCGCACUGCAGCGUAGGAAGCUGUGCCGGAACGGGAAAGGAGGAGGAAGCCGAGCAAAAAAACAACAACCACCUUCAUCUCGGAACACGUUCCCCCCUGGUUCCACCUGCUAGCCAGUAGUGUGUGAAAGAAGAAGAAGGAUGAGUGGUGCAUCCAAGUGUGCUUAGAGGAAAAAGGAUUUAGCCGCCAGCAAGCCCUUGAGCUGUGUUUGUAUGCGUGUGUGUGUGUCCCUGUGUGCUUUAUCCGACCGAACGAAACGCCAUCCUCCGGCACCAGCAUCCGUCCGUCCGCGUCCGUCCGUGCGCCCUUUUUGUCAAUUACCCAUACACCGCACCGCAAACAACCACCAUCCUUAGGCAGCAGCAGCAGGAACCCCCGGGAUACGGGACAAGCAAGCUGAUCUGUUUACACUUGCUCUCCAUCCGACGUCUUCGAGGACCGGAAAGGGCAAUACAAAAAAAGCUAUCUUUCCCGCCACCGCAGUGCAACAACAAGCAAAAAGCACGCGAGACACAAAGCAACGAUCGGCGGCCUUCAUCAACUCCUUAUCACAACGUCGCACCCUCGCACGCAGCACCCCGACCCCCCGCCCGAGCGAGCCCCGAUGACGGCGACGAUGCUUGCCAGCGAUGCUUGAGCGCGUCCGGUUCGGUGGAUUUAGUGGCACGUACAAAGUAAGGGGCGCCGAGCUGGCUCGCGACAGGAAAACGCAAACGAAACCGGUGACCGUACUUUUCCUCGAUGAAAGUACGCACACGUUCCAUCUGGACAAGCGCGCCAAGGGCGCCGAACUGCUCGACCAGGUCUUCCAGCACGUGGAGCUGUCCGAGCGGGACUACUUCGGGCUGCAGUUCCCCUCGCCCGAUGAUCUGCACGCGGUGGGCAAGGGUGCGGCGGCCGGUGGCGGGGGCGAUCCGGCCACUGCCGGUGGGUCGACCAGCAGCAGCAGCGGCUCGAGCAGCAGUACAACAGGACCGAAGGGAGGAGGCGGUGACGGUGGUGGCGGCGGCGGCGGUAGUACCGUUGUCUCGCCGGGGCCGGGGGCACAGUUCCCGACCGGACGGCUGCCGGUCCGGUGGCUCGAUCCGAACAAACCGUUGCGCAAGCAGCUAAACGAUGCGCGCACCGGCCGGCAGCAUGCGGACGGGGGGCCGCUUGUGCCGCUGCUGCUGUUUCGCGUCAAGUUCUACGUCACCGAUCCGAGCCGGCUGCACGAGGAGUACACGCGGUACCAGUUCUAUCUGCAGAUACGGCGCGAUGUCUAUCAGGGCCGGCUGCCCGUCACACUCAACACUGCCUGCCUGCUAGCCAGCUUUACCGUGCAAGCUGAACUGGGCGAUUACAAUCCACUGGAGCAUACGGCCGGCUAUCUGAGCGAAUUGCAGCUACUGCCGGAGCAGACGGAGGAAGCGGAACAUCGCAUUUCGGAGCUGCACAAGCUGCAUCGCGGCCAGCUGCCGGCCGACGCCGAGUACAACUAUCUCGAGCACGCCAAACGGCUCGAGCUUUACGGGAUCGAUUUCCAUCGGGCAACGGACUCGUCUGGCAAGGAGCUAGCGCUCGGUGUGUCUUCGCUCGGCUUGCUGGUGUAUCAAAACGGUACGCGCAUCAACACCUUCUCCUGGUCGAAGGUGGUAAAGGUGUCGUUCAAGCGCAAAGAUUUCUUCAUCCAGCUCGCACGCGAACCGUCCGAACACUACGACACACUGCUUGGCUUCAGCAUGGGCUCGCACCGUAACGCCAAGCUGCUGUGGAAGGCUUGCGUCGAACAUCAUUCGUUUUUCCGUCUGAAGAAACCUCACCGUUCACCACGUUCCUUCCUGCCACUGACGCUGCGUUCGAAAUUCCACUAUUCCGGCCGCACCGAACUGCAAGCCGUAACGGAAAGCCGGCAGCGGGGCAAGGUGGCAAAAAUAUUCAUCCGCUCGCCCAGCCGGCGCCUGCUGGCCACCAUUUCGCAGCCCCAAUCGCCCCAGCUGAACGGCAAUGGGGCAAGCGGUGGUACGGCAGCGGACGGCAGCGCUACGGGCGGCUCGGGCAACGAGGCAAGCAACGGUGGGGCGACCAUCGGCUCGGCCGCUGGGAACAAAAACCAGCUCACGUUGCUGGCGAUCACAAAAGCGACGCGCACGUACGACAAGGUUACCUCCAAGACGCCCUCAUCGAUGCCACGCAAGGCCUGGGAGCAGCAGACGGACGAUCCUACCUUCAUCGAACACUGUGCCCGCACGUCCGUGCCCAUGUACGAUUCGCCUCCGGCCUACGCCGGCCUCAAUGGGAACAGUUCGAGCAAUGGAAUGGCGGUCGAUGACGACAGUGCCGGCCUAGUGACGAUCCACCUGGUGGCCGACGAGCAGGGCCGGUUCGGGUUCAACGUCAAGGGCGGCAUCGAUCACGGCCUACCGAUACUGAUUUCACGCGUCGCACCGCACACACCGGCCGACAAGAGUACGCCGCGCGUCUGCGAAGGCGACCAGGUGGUGCGCAUUAACGGGCGCGACGUGGGCACGAUGGCGUACGAGCAGGUGGUCAGUUUGAUCCGGGCCUCGCGCGAGUAUCAGGGCGGUGAGCUGCUGCUGACGCUGAAACCGAAUGCCUUAAUCGACUACCCGGAGGAGGAACCGCUGUACCAGUACGUGCCAGAGGAGAGCGACAUCGUGCGGGCGGGCCUGCUGAACGGAGACCAGCUGUUCACGCAAUCGCUGCUGCUGCUGCGCGAUGGCCUAGCUUCCGGUGCGCUGCUGGCACAGUACGAGCAGCUGUACCGGAAAAAUCCCGAACUCGCCAUUACGGAGGCACGCAAGACGGAAAACAUGGGCAAAAACCGAUACCGUGACAUAUCACCGUACGACUGUACGCGCGUCGUACUGCAGCACGCGGAAAGUGGCGACUACAUUAACGCGAACUACGUCAAUAUGGAGAUACCGCCGGCCCGGAAAACGAACCGCUACAUCGCGACGCAAGGCCCACUCCCGACCACGGUGAACGACUUCUGGCGGAUGGUGCAGCAGGAGAGCAGCCACCUGGUCGUGAUGCUGACGACGGUGAAGGAGAGCGGUAGCACUAAGUGCCAUCAGUACUGGCCGUCGGCCGAGGACGAUCCGCUCGUACCGUCGCCCGGCUUCUCGAUCAGCUGCCUUACGGAGAAGCCGGACGAGACGGGCAGCUUCGUGUUUCGCGAUCUCGUCAUGACGGACGAGCGCACGAAGGAGACGCGCACGAUCCAGCACAUGCAGUAUCUGGCCUGGCCGGACCAUGACGUGCCGGCCGACCCGAACCUGUUCCUGCAGUUCACCGAGCGGGUGCGGUCGGCGCGUGAAACCACGCUGCCGCUCGAGAUCGAGGCCAGCCUGAAGAACGUGAAGCUGCGCAGCGUGGACGAGAAUGGCGGGCUGGACAACUCGGAGCGCCGGAUCGUGCACACGGACAGUGACGACAGCCCGAACGAUAUGCCGUCCUCCACGUCGGUGCAUCAGUAUAUUAGUGCUUCUAAUCCGCCAAUCAUUGUGCACUGUUCGGCCGGAAUUGGCCGGACCGGUGUGCUGAUACUGAUGGACACGGCACUGGCACUGAUGGAGGUACGGGAACCGAUCUAUCCGCUGGACAUUGUGCGAGCGAUGCGCGAUCAGCGACCCUGCAUGGUGCAGAAUGUGAGCCAGUAUCGCUUCGUGUGUGAGUGUAUCUGUGCGGCGUACAUGCAGCAGGCAGCCCAGGAGCAGGAAGCGUCUGUCCCAAAUUCUCCCACGGAAACGCGCAAAGCGACGUCAAAAACGACGCCCACCACUGGCUCACCAACUAAUGCCGCUGCACCAAAGCCCGUGCCGAGCAUAGCGUCGCCGGAGGAAACGAUGCUCGAUACCCCCGCCGACAGCGAACGCAAGGCACCGCUGGCAACGGAAACGACUAGCAUCAGUACGGCCACCGUUUCACCGUCCAAUGGACACGAGACGGUCGCUUAGAGAAGCGCACAGCCCCACAGGUUGAAGCUUGGCCGCCUGAGCGGUUGGCAACCGUUGGAACAGGAAAAACAAAACGGUAUUAAUUUAUUUCAUCUUCGCAUAUCUCUGUGUUUUUCCCGCCCGACCUCAGCCUCGGAAGGGAUUUCCCGCUAAUGGUUAGGUAAAAACACAAGUACGUUUAGACUCGUAGUGUGUCCCCUCGACUACGGCGCUACCAGGGGGUCGUGGAACAGUUGGGAGCGUGGUUCGUCUUUCUUAGUCUUACACGCUGCUUGCGUAUAUUAUUCGAAUUAUGUAACCUAUCGUGACCUCGUGAUGUUGACAAUUUGGAUCGUGUUCUGCGCUGGAAGGCGUCGACACCCGCAAAGCAAUAUAGAGAAAGAGAGAGAGAGAGAGAAGAUGAAGAGAGAGAGAGUGUGCACGCCGUACGCAAACGAACGAUACGAAGUAAUAGAACAAGUUGUGAUUUAAACAGUAUACCGUUCUUGCGACGCUAGAGACGUAAGGAAAAGAAACAGAUCGAACGAACUACAAUAACGUGGAACGUCCGGCGGGGCCGCCGCCGGCGUGUGAAGUGUAGUGCAUCAUCGGCGGUGGUGACAUGUGUUAAAGUUGCAGCUGCUGCAUCCCUCUAUCAUCCCAUUCGCUAAUGCUUCCGUUUAUGUUUUUGAAAAGAAAAAAAAACGAUCGAUUUUGAUUACAAUUAAACAAAUAGAACCUUGGAUGGAUAUACACAAUCAAACACACAUACACACACUCACUCACACACCAAGCAACCGAUCCGACCGAAGCAAGACUAUUCUGAACGUUUUUUAUAAACUGCACCGAAAGCCUUUUUCGAAUUUAUGUGAGAACAAAUAAUAAUAAUAAAAAUAAUAUUAAUAAUAUUAAUAAUAUUAUAAUCAACAAAUGACGCGAAUCGAGCAAUGCAGCAGAGCUCCAGAGUAUAUGAAUGAAUGAACGAUGGAAGAGGAAGCGAAUAGAGUAGAAAACUAUUAGAGCGCACUGCUUUUGGGCAAUGCUUCCCGACCUCUGAACCCUUUGUCAGAAUUGUGAAUGUGUUAUUUAUAAUCGGUAAGAAAUACAAAGAAUACACAAAACAAAACAUCAAGUGCAUCGUAAUACGCGAAAACAAAUACCCGUUGGUACAAGAUAGUGUGGCCACAGAUUAGGACCCAAGUGCAUGUUCGACGCAGCGAUUGGUUGGUUAAGCAACAAAACAAUAAUCGAACAAUAGAGCUGACGCACAAUGGCUGCAGGAGGAGGCAGAAUCAACAGUAUGUUGGAGUUGAAUUGUGUGAAAUUUUACGAAGAAAACACUCGUACACGUGCUGAAGCAGCGUUGUGUUACAGCAGGCUUGUUACAACCCAGAGUUAGUGGUCCGUUGAAAGAAUACAAACGUUUGAGAUUUAUCAAUUAAAUGAAAACGUAUUGAAUGGCGAAGCUGGCAGCAGCAGCAUCUGGGACGGUAUUUUAUUAAGCUAUGCUGAACUUGUUUCGAAACCAAACCCCGGUAGCAGCAGCAGCAUUUUGUGGAGUACAGUCUCUCUUGGUGCGUACCGGAGCACGGCAACACAGCAACAUAGGAGAGUGCUUGCAUAGAGCAAUAAACGAAUAACAGCAGUCAAUGUUUCAACAGUAUAUUUGCUAAGAAAUAGUAUUGAAUAAGCCGUGAGUGGACAAGGAUUCCGGGUAUGAAUCAAUAAAUGAAAUACGCGAUACGCAAUGGAACGAAAGAGGCCGGUUUUGUGUCCGUGGUAUAUCAGGCAUUGGCAAACAAACGGCACCGGCGGAACAAAAAUGGGAAACAACCUAACAGAACAAAUGGAUGUGGAACCCGCUCAAGAUAUGGAUCCGUUAGCAAUUGAUAACGACUCUAUCAAAUUCAGUGAAGUUUACAUCAAAACAGAGAACUUUCCAUCGGAAGAAGAUCACGAUCCAUCUUACUGUGACGAACCACAGCACAUUCUUCCUGUCUCUGCUGAUAUACAGCUUAAAGAGGAAGAUAUAUCGGAGGAUGAUGAAGCUGGUUCGAUGUAUCCGGAUUCUGGUGACGCCUUCGAACCAUUCUCUAUUGUUGGUGGAAAACAGCCAUAUUCGAAAGGCAUGUGCUGCAGUUGCUCUACUUUGAACAGAUAUUCCACACCACCGAAUGAAACACCAUUGGAACGAGAACAGCGAAUUCGUCGAAAAUAUCAUACCUUCCACCGUAUUCUGAAGCUGCCUGACGAGCUUCGUGACCAGAAAUGGGCAUGCCGUUGUCCGCCAGAGUUGGGUAGUAGUGCCAUUAGGAAACAGCUUUCCCGGUGUAUUGAGGAUUACAAACAUUUCAGAUCCUACAUAUCCAGAUAUGACACUCCGCCAAGGGAGAGCAAGCACGAGCGAAAUCGACGCAUAGCCAGAAAGAAUCAGGCGAUUUACAUGUAUCGGCAAAAAAUGCGGUCGAAUGGUAUCGUGUAUACAAUGAAAUCCAAAAACGACAAAUCCUCCAAUAGCUCUGCACGUGCUCAGGAUAGGGAAGAAUAUUUUUCCAUUGAUUCCGUGUCAUCAGCGCGGACGCUAAAUAAGAAAAACAAUAGUAUCGCACAAUUGUCUAGCAAAAUCCGUUAUAAAAACACACAUCGUUCCGAACGCCCGCUAAUAAGCGGUUACGAAACUCCACCAGACGAAACGAAAGAAGAGCGAAAGCGACGACUAGACAGAAGGAAUCAAGCGAUAUGUCGGUACCGGAGAAAACUUAUGCUAACUGGUAAGAUGCAGACAAAGAAAUCAAACAACGACAAAACAUGUCCAUUUAAUAAUUCUGCACUUGCUUCUGAUGAUGAAGAAGAUAUGGGCAAUAACUCCGAGACAUCAAAUUCCGACGAAGAGGAUUUGAAAAACACGCAGCUUUCCGAACCUCCGCUACCAAGCGGGUAUGAAACCCCACCAGAGGAGACGAAAGAAGAGCGAAGGCGACGGCUGGCCAGAAAGAAUCAAGCGAUGUACUUGUACCGGAAAAAACUGAGGUUAUUUGGUGAGUUACAGGCAAAGAAAUCAGAGAAUGACAAAAGCUGUACAAUUGCUAAUUCUGAAAACGCUUCUAAUGUUGAAGAAGAUUUAACCAAUUACUCCGAGACACUAAAGACGGAACAGCAGAUAAACAACAGUAGCACACAAUUGCCCAGCACAGAAUGUUCAAAUAACACACAUCUUGUCAGACCGCCGGUACUAAGCGGGUAUGAAACUCCACCAGAGGAAACGAAAAAAGAGCGAAGGCGACGGCUGGUUAGGAAGAAUCAAGCAAUUUAUUGGUAUCGGAAAAAACUCAGGUUAAUUGGUAACAACGUGCACACAACGCAAUCCAAGAACGACAAAAGUAGUACCUCCAAUAAGGCGUAUCCUUCCCUACGGCCUCUGAUAAGCGGCUAUGAAACUCCGCCAGAAGAGACGAAAGAACAACGCAAGCGUCGACUAGCCAGAAAGCACCAAGCGAUUUAUUUGUAUCGAAAAAAACUCAAACUAACUCGCAACGCGUCCAAUCAUCCGCAUCUUUCCGUACGGCCGCAGUUAAGCGGCUAUGAAACUCCUCCAGAUGAGACGAAAGAAGAGCGAAAGCGUCGACUAGCCAGAAAGCACCAAGCGAUUUAUUUGUUCCGGAAAAAAAUCAGGCUAACUGGUAAAGUGCAGACAAAGAGAUCAAAGAACGACAAAACCUGUACCUCCAAUAAUGCUACACUGGCUUCUGAUGAUUAUUUGGCCAAAAACUCCAAGGCAUCGAAGUCGUUAGUAAUUAAAAUCAACAGUAUCGCGCAAUUGUCUAGCAUAAAGCGUUCGAAAAACACGCAUCGUUCCGAACUGCCGCUAAUAAGCGGUUACGAAACUCCACCAAACGAAACGAAAGAAGAGCGAAAGCGACGACUAGACAGAAGGAAUCAAGCGAUAUGUCGGUACC